UUUCUGAGGGUCAGAGGGUAGAUUCUAUCGAUAACUCCGCGGUCAAGAACAGCUGCUUAAGCGUAAAAAUGUUAAAAUUAUUACGAGCCUCGAAACUUAUUAAUUCAUGGCCCAAAACAUCCGCCGGUAUCCACAGAAGCCUCCAGACAAGCUCCCUGCGAUGCAAGUGGCGAACUGCGGCGCAGACCCCUGAUGUGGAGCGUAAACUUUUGUUUGAUGAUCAGCUGCCGGAAAGAUAUAGAUUAGUUUACCGUGCUCCCCUAGAAGCCUAUGUGAGCUGGACCAAAAACGUGUCCACGGCGACGGUGUCGACCCUGGGCCUGGUGGCCGCCUAUCACUUUAGCACCAGCAUGAACCUGGAGAGCAUAACCCAAAAAAUCAACAUUUCCAUGCUGGUCUCCCACGAAACAGAUUUUUAUUACUUCUUGGCAGGAUUUGCACUGAUCAACCUGGCCAUACGCACAUUUGUGGCCAAGUAUCCCCUCAGGAUCUAUAAGAGUGCCGACAAAUAUGUGGCUGUGUAUGGAUCCCAGCUUCCGUUUGGCACUGUGAAGCACUACUUCGAUAGGGGACAAAUUUCAGAGUACAGGAACGUGCUGAAUCCUUGGAGCCACAUCAUGUACAGGCUGGGCAACCGCUCGUCCAUGCUGCUGGUCGAUUACUUUAAGACGCCGUCCGAGUUUCACCAGCUCUUUGAGGAAAAGUGAAAAUGUUUAGCUAUGUUUUUGAGUUAAAAACUGUUUCAAAUGUUGAAUAUUUUUUAUAUA